GAUGAUGCUUUGAUGAUGAUGUGAUGAUGAUGUGAUGAUGAUGUGAUGAUGUGAUGAUGUGAUGAUGCUGUGAUGAUGAUGUGAUGAUGAUGUGAUGAUGUGAUGAUGCUGUGAUGACGGCGGUUGUCCAGCAGAUGGAGACAGAGCUCUGGAGGUUUCAGCUCUGUGUUACACUGAAGGAUGCUGGGAGGAAGAAGAGGAGGAAGAAGAGGAGGAAGAAGAGGAGGAGGAGGAGGACUGGAUGACGCCAACAGAGGCUGCAGAGAUGCUAACAGCAUCGACACACAAACACUCACUGACAGGAGCUAAAUGCUGACAGAGACAGACAGAUAGAGAGAGAGACAGACAGGUCUACAGAGAGAGAGACAGGGGGACAGACAGGUAGGUGGAAGGAGGCUGAUGCUGGCAGCUAACACACACACACAGUGAGCUGCAGUGAAGCUAGCUGGUUAGCAUGCUCAGAAUAGGAGGCUAACCGACUGUCACACACACACACACACACACACACACACAUACACGCACGCGCGCACACACACACACACACACACACACACGUGCACACACACACACACACACACACACACACACACACACACACACACACACACACUCAAGCGAUGCAGUGUCCGAGGCUUCCUAUUGGACGGAGGUGAUCAGAGACCUGGACCCCCCAACGUGUCCCAGGACCGGACUUCACGUGUUGACCCCCCCAACGUGCCGGGCCAAGACAGGGUCUCCGUUUAACCCGGACCAGGACCCAGUCUCCGUUUGACCCGAACCAGGACCUGGUCUCCGUUUAACCCGGACCAGGACCCGGUCUCUGUUUGACCCGGACCAGGACCCGGUCUGUGUUUGACCCGGACCAGGACCCGGUCUCUGUUUGACCCGGACCAGGACCCGGUCUCUGACCUUUGCUUUGGUAGGUGCUGUCUCACUGACUCAGGUGUGUGUCUCUGUGUGUGUCUCUGUGUGUGUCUCUGUGUGUCCUCAGGUCCAGAUGUAGUCCAUCUUCUGAUUGACGGACAGCUGGUUGGGGAGGCGGAGCCUGCAGGUGGGGGUGAUGUCAAAGAGAGCAGCGGGGGGGCGAGGGAAGGGGGAGCGACCUGACGCCAUGGCAACGCUUCAAGCAGCCAAUGAGGAGCUGAGAGCCAAACUGACGGACAUCCAGAUAGAACUACAACAUGAGAAGAACAAGGUGAGCCGUCUGGAGAGGGAGAAGAGCCAGGAGCUGAAGGCGGAGCAUCACCGGGCGACGGUGACCGUGACGGAGCUGAAGACCAAACUCCAUGAGGAGAAGCAGAAGGAGCUGGCGGUUACCAGAGAGACGUUACUACGGCAACACGAGAUGGAGCUGAUGAGGGUCAUCAAGAUCAAAGACGGAGAGAUUCAGCGCCUCAACGGCCUGGUGCUGACGCUGAGGGACGGGUCCACAGACAAGGUGCGGAGCGCCCUGCUGGUGGAGGUGGAGGAGGCGAGGAGGAGCUGGGAGGCGGAGCGUUGUCGCCUCCAGCAGGAGGUUCAGGAGCAGAGAGGAGCCAAGAGGAGCGCUGAGGAGGCUCUGACGUCGGCUCAGCAGGCCAGCCAGGCCCGAGCAGCCGAGCUCCGAUCGGCUCAUCACCAGCACCAGGAGGAGCUGAACAGAACCAAGAGGGACUGUGAGAGGGAGAUCCGCCGCCUGAUGGAUGAGAUAAAGCUGAAGGACCGAGCGGUCAGUGUUUUGGAUAAAGCCCUUGGUCUGCAGGCUGGCCACGCCCACCGCCUCCAGCUGCAGACUCAGGCUGCCGAACAGCAAAUCGCAUCCCUGAGAGACGCUCAGAGGGCGGGGCUAAACUACCCCGGCCUCGCCCUAAACCCCGCCCCUAACACUGCUCCUCACAUCACUCAGGAGGACCGGGACACUCGCAGGUUUCAGUUAAGAAUUGCUGAGCUCAGCGCCGUCGUCAGGAAGCUGGAGGAUCGGAACGCUCUGCUGUCAGAGGAACGCAACGAACUGCUGAAGCGUCUCCGGGAGACGGAGAGUCAGUUUCUUCCUCUUCUGGAUAAAAACAAGCGUCUGAGCAGGAAGAACGAGGAUCUGGCUCUCUCUCUGCGUCGCCUCGACAACAAGCUCCGCUUCGUUACCCAGGAGAACAUGGAGAUGGUAACUAUGAGGAGACCGAGUUCUUUAAACGACCUGGACCGCAGCCACUCCACCAGUUACCAUGGUUACAGCCACGACGAGCGGGAGAUGGAGUUUCUACGGUUACAAGUUCUGGAGCAGCAACACAUCAUCGAUGACCUGUCCAAGGCUCUGGAGACAGCUGGUUACGUAAAGAAUGUUAUAGAGAGAGACAUGUUACUGAGAUACAGACGUCAGGACUCAGUCAGGAGGAAACGAACCUUCAGAGCCUGCAGGGUCAUAGAGACGUUCUACGGUUAUGAUGAGGAAGCGUCGGCGGACUCUGAUGGAUCGUCUUUGUCGUUUCACACCGACAGAACUCCAGAUACAGAACCAGACGAGGUGUGUGUGCGUGAUGAUGCAGAGUUCCGGUACCGUCAGCUGACUCAGGAGUAUCAGGCGCUGCAGCGAGCUUAUGCUCUGCUGACGGAGACGAGCGGAGGCAACUACGACGCCGAGAAGGAGAUCAAGACCAGAGAGCAGCUGCUGGCUGAAAUCAGUCGAUAUGAAACCAGAGUAGCAGAUCUGGAAUCGGCCCUGAAGCAACAAGGACGGGAUGUCCAGUGGGUGGAGGAGAAGCAGUCGUUGUAUCAGAGGAAUCAGCAGCUGGUAGAGAAGGUGAAGCGGAUGGAAGGUGAAGAACUGAAGCUGGAGAACGACAUCCAGGACGUCAGAGACCAGAACGAACUGCUGGAGUUCAGGAUCCUAGAGCUCGAGGAGAGGGAGCGACGCUCACCUGCCAUUAACUUCCAACACAUCCAUUUCCCAGAAGGCCUCAGUCCUCUACAGAUCUACUGCGAGGCAGAGGGAGUCGCUGAGAUCGUGAUCAGUGAGUUGAUGAAGAAGCUGGACAUUCUGGGAGAUAACGCCGUAAGUAACCUGUCCAAUGACGAGCAGGUGGUGGUGAUCCAGGCCAGGACUGUCCUCACUCUGGCAGAGAAGUGGUUGGAGUCCAUCGAGGUGACCAAGUCGGCUCUGCAGCAGAAGAUGUUGGACAUUGAGAGUGAGAAGGACCUGUUCAGUAAACAGAAGGGUUACCUGGAUGAAGAGCUGGACUACAGGAAGCAGUCCAUGGAUCAGGCUCAUAAGAGGAUCCUGGAGCUGGAGGCCAUGUUGUUUGAGGCUCUGCAGCAGGAGGAGGAGUUCAGGAUGGAGGGAUUAAAGAUGGAGAAGGGUCGUCUGUCUGAAACACUGACGGAGGACGAGAGGGACAGCCUGAGGAGAGCUAUGGACCAAUGGAAACGAUCGGUGAUGUGUGAGCUGAGAGAGAGAGACGUCCAGAUCCUCCGAGAGAGGAUGGAGAUACUGCAGCUCACACAACAGAGGAACAAGGAGCUGGAGGAAUUUAUAGAAGCACAAAAACGACAGAUUAAAGAGCUGGAGGAGAAGUUUCUAUUCCUCUUUCUAUUCUUCUCUUUGGCGUUCAUCCUCUGGUCCUAACAGCAGCUGGGUGUGCAGCCUCCAGAGUCCAGCAGCUGAACACUCAGCAGGGUCGGCUCAGUCUGAUCGGACCGAAGCGACAUGAGGAUUCAGAAGGAUUCAGGGUUUGAACCAGCAGCUUCCUGACUGAGGCACGUUGGCUUCACUGCCCCACUGACCUGCCUCUGGCUGCUGUCAGCCAAUCAGAGCAGAGCCCAGCUGUCAGCUGACUCUGGAACUACACCGUCACACCUCAAGGACGAAGACAAGGAUGGUUUCCACGGCCACAGAUGAACGUUGUGUUUCAGACAAGUGAAAUCCACAACGGCAAUAUGCUAACUAGCUUCCUGUUAGCUACUGUUUACCAGGAAGUUCUUGUUCAGACACCUGAUAUGUAGCUGACACACAUUCUGGCCUCAGGAGGCCGGCUGGACCAAAGUGGUGCUGGACGACACACAGUGUUAGCUCAGCUAGCUGGACGACGCACAGUGUUAGCUCAGCUAGCUGGACGACGCACAGUGUUAGCUCAGCUAGCUGGACGACACACAGUGUUAGCUCAGCUAGCUGGACGACGCACAGUGUUAGUUCAGCUAGCUGGACUACGCACAGUGUUAGCUCAGCUAGCUGGACGACGCACAGUGUUAGCUCAGCUAGCUGGACGACGCGCAGUGUUAGCUCAGCUAGCUGGACGACGCACAGUGUUAGCUCAGCUAGCUGGACGACGCACAGUGUUAGCUCAGCUAGCUGGACGACGCGCAGUGUUAGCUCAGCUAGCUGGACGACGCACAGUGUUAGCUCAGCUAGCUGGACGACGCGCAGUGUUAGCUCAGCUAGCUGGACGACGCACAGUGUUAGCUCAGCUAGCUGGACGACGCGCAGUGUUAGCUCAGCUAGCUGGACGACGCACAGUGUUAGCUCAGCUAGCUGGACGACGCGCAGUGUUAGCUCAGCUAGCUGGACGACGCGCAGUGUUAGCUCAGCUAGCUGGACGACGCACAGUGUUAGCUCAGCUAGCUGGACGACGCGCAGUGUUAGCUCAGCUAGCUGGACGACGCACAGUGUUAGCUCAGCUAGCUGGACGACGCGCAGUGUUAGCUCAGCUAGCUGAUUUUAAACAUUGCUAGCUAACGGAGCGUGUUGGUUGGGUCGGUUGCAGGUGUCUGACCCGGUCGUGUCUGACCCGGUCGUGGGUGAAUGACGCUCAAGUGACGACCGAGAUCGAUGAACUACAAACAGACGUUCAGUAAAGCGGUUGCUAAGUUACCUUGAUGAGUUCACACAGUAGAAACAGUAGAAACAGUAGAAGCUGUUGUUAAAUGGAGCGUUCUCGUCUGCCCUGAUGUAAGUUCAGUUGAAUUUAACUGUGUUCUGAUUGGCUGUUCCUGCAGGCUGGAGAGUGAUGUCACACUGUAGAGCCUCUCAGCUCCCUCGUAGAUCUGAGGUUACGUUGUGUAACCUUCAUGUAGUUUCAGCCCACCUGAAUCAUCCCGGGACCAAAAACUGAUGAAGGACACACUCGUUGACGGCGUCAGGAGGUCCGCUGGAGGUCAGAGCUGCAACGACUGAACAAUGAACCGGUUCUGAUCCGAAGAAACGAAGCAUGAAAUCUGAAACAGGUUUAAAAACUGCUCAGAAACAUUUGAUCUCAUAAUAAAAACCUGCUGCAGAGGUUCUGAUCCGGUCUCUGCAGAGGUUCUGAUCCGGUCUCUGCAGAGGUUCUGAUCCGGUCUCUGGACCAGAUCAACUGGGAGGUCAACGUGAUGGAGGAAAGUACAACGUCAGUGUUUCACAGACCCGCCUGAAUAAUGGAGGAUAAUUUCACAAAUCUAAAACGAUGUAUUAUUAUAUACUAUAUUAUACUAUUACUAUACUGUUAUACUAUAUUAUAUACUAUUAUUACUAUAAUAAUUAUUAUUAUUAGGCUAUAUGAAUUUAUGCAUUUUUCAUUUCACGCUGCUACUCGAGAUAAUCAGUUGACUAUCUGAUCAAAGUAAAUGGAAAUAUGAGAAUAGAAAGUGAGUUAAAUAAAAGUACAGAAAAUAAAUGUUCAAAUAAAAAGUUUAAUAUUUUUACAGUUUGGUUAAUUUUCAAAUCAGAAUACAUUUUUUAUUUUUCAGAUAAAAUGUUCCUGCAUAUCAGGGCUUUGACUUCCAUUCACCACCAACGUGUCAUUUCAAUAUCAAAUUCAUAUAUAAACUAUAUAUAUAUAAACAGGAUUCAUUUAUAAUGUGAAUUAUCUUCCCUCGGUGUUUAACUGAAGCAGGUUCAGAGCUGAAUCUUUCCUGAUGUUGUACUUUUAUUAUUCCAGAUGAUAUUUUUCUAUCUCUGCUGUGAGUCUGAACUCAGUGAACAUCUGACAAGUCGGCAGUUUGACGUGAUGACACAUUAAAAACGGUGGAAACGAGACUGAAGACAAAA